GUAAGCUUCGAGACGGUUUGAAUGACGAAACGCGCGAUUUGCGUUGCGCGUACGCACGUUCCAAUAUAGAAUUCGCGCGAACAUUUUACUAGUCAAUUAAAUUUUUGUGAUUCUGUGGUUAUGUGGUGUGAAUAUAUGAAAGAGUAAUUCAGUGAAUACGAUAAUAACUUUUUGAUAUAACUGUAUUGGGUAUCAAGUGGAGUUUCUACAAUCAACAUUUUUUUUUUAUCAACCAACAUGAACCAGCAAUGUAAAGUCUGUGGAGAGCCAGCAGCUGGUUUUCAUUUCGGAGCUUUCACUUGUGAGGGAUGCAAGUCGUUCUUCGGGCGGACAUAUAACAACCUGUCCUCGAUAUCCGAAUGCAAGAACAAUGGUGAAUGCGUCAUCAAUAAGAAGAACAGGACAGCUUGCAAAGCGUGCAGGUUACGAAAAUGCCUACUCGUUGGAAUGUCAAAAUCUGGAUCGAGGUACGGAAGGAGGUCGAACUGGUUCAAAAUACAUUGCCUCUUGCAGGAACAGCAACAGCAGCAUAUACAACAAUUACAGACAAAUAAAUCACCGCCUUCAUUUAACACGUCAAUAAAUCCUUCCUUCCUCCCAACAAAUCUUUUGCCGGCGGCGGCUUUAGCUGAAUAUUAUAAAAAUUCUGAGAAGUCAUUUACUGACGACGUAACCCGGCAGAGCGUCUCGCCGUCUGACUCGGGGGCAUCGUCAGCUGAUCCAGAAGAUGAUAAUAGUUCAAGAAGCACUAGUGGUUUAAGUAUAUUCCGAUCUGCGUCAUCGCCAAGCAGUGACAAGGACAUUCGUUCACAUGCGAUUAGAAAUCAAAAUAAAGAUGUUAAACGGAAAAAGCCCUCAAUGGCUCCCUUUGGAUUAUCUCAUCAGCUGACUCCAACACCUAGUUUUACCCCUCGUAGUGUGGCCUUUAUGCCAUCUCCAAUGCCACAAAUGCGACAAAUUCCAGCCAUGAGUUGGCAAGGUCACAAUGGUGGUGAUCUACUUUUACAUACCCCUGCUGUUGCCGGGAUAGCUGUGGAGCAAGAUCAACCUAUCGAUCUAUCCAUCAAGUCUACUGCUGUAUUGUUUAGGAAUCCUAAUGACGCUAGCGAUUCCGAGCCAGAACUCAGCAUUGACUUGAAUUCAGACAGUAGCAAAGAUAUUAUGAAAAAUCCCCUCGACUUAAGUCUAGGACGGACGGAGGAAGUACCAAUGACAGGGUAAUGUUAUUUUAAUCAUUCCAGACACGUUUAUUUAAAUGUAAAUACCUUAGAUCUGUAUAAAUUAAUUAAGAAAUUACUCUGCCAUACAGUAUUUAAGAAUCCGGACAUUCCUUCAAUGUAGAGUAUUUAAAUUUUUAAUUAUUUUAGUUCAUUUUGAUUUUAUUUAGAUAUUAAGUUAAAGAAACAAUGAGGUAGUGAUAUCGAAUGCCAUGUUUAUUAUAAGUCGUGUUUUGACUUUUAAUGUGUGUUUAGGAAUAAAAUAAUAAUGAGUUUAUUUUCGAAAAAGUUGGCUGCGU